AUGGCGCCUGCACCCAAGCCUCAGCGGGUGCAAGGAUUAUGGAGGAUCACCACCGCGACUGACCUCAGACUUGGGACAAGCAGUCUGCAAGCCACACACUAUGUGUUACCGUGCGUCUGCAUGAAUAAGCUCCAUAACCAAUCACAACAAAAGAAAGAGACAUCCCAGUAUGUGGAGCUUAGCCAUGGUGGCUGGAUGGCCUCAAUGACAAAGCUGCAGACCGCUGUUGCUACUAUGAUCGCUGUCGAGAAAGACUUGGUUGACCUCGACGAAGAUGUGAUACAAUUAUUGCCUAAACCCCAGAAGAGAAAGAUCCUGCAUGGUUUUGACAAUGAGACAAAGACCCAACUUCGAGGCCUUUGA